UUUACCUAUCUCCAUCCGAGGGGAAUUCUCGCAAAAGAAAUUCGUCAAGGGCUGGUAUGCCCAGUCUCUAGUCACUCUUCACUUUUGGUGACGUUAAACUGAUUUUAUUUCGAGGAUAGCAUAUAUUGCCAUGUUGUUACAGCUUUCUACAUUUUUCACCGCAAUUUUGUAUUCUUGCGCAUUUAACGUACUCACCGGAGAUCCUGCGAGAGAUUGUGGACAACAUUUUACCUCCAUUUAUCAGCAAAGUGACGACAUCAACCAAAUUCCAAAGGAUGGUGAGCCUUUUCAGGAUCAGGCAUGGGCAUUUGAAGACGUUUAUGAUCAAUUUGAGACCAAGAGGCAAGUACAGGCCAAAGAAAGUCGUUUCAUUGUAGGAAUUCAGAGGAAUCAGCUCGCCGUUAUUGUCGAAGGCGAGAUUAACAAGCAGAUCAACAAGGAGCUAUUUUCCCACUACAGCUUCCUUUCUGUGGCGUUCCAUUUUUAUCGCGAUGACGUUCAUCUCCCUGGUCUCCGUGAGUACUUCAAAGCAGCUGGUGAUGAAAGUAUGAAGCAUGCGCACAAGCUUAUGGAGCACUUGCUGAAACGAGGGGGCCGUCUUAAGCUGAAUCCAAUAAUGAUUCCAUGUCAUCAUCAUUGGGGACGGGGACUGCAGGCAAUGGAAGAUGCCCUGACUUUGCAGAAAGAACUUUUGCAAUCUCUGAGGAGAUUGCAUGCUUCAGCUGACGAGAGAAACGAUUUCCAGACAAGGGAUUUUAUCGAAGCCAAUUUCCUCCGUGCGCAAACAGACCGAGUCAAGCAGCUGUCGGACUACGUCAGCACUCUCAGAAGGCUUGGUCGCGAUCCUUUGGGGGAGUAUUAUUUUGACAAGAUGGGUUUAGAGGGAAUUGUCUUACAGUGGGGAGCAGAGAUGAAGAAGUAGAAAUGAGGGUUUUACAUUUGUUUUUAUAAGAAACUGACAAAAUGAAUGAUUAAUAAAGGAAAUUGGUUUCUCAGAUAAUUUUGA